GGGGACCCGGCGCGCGGCGCGGGGGCGGCCCGCUAGUUGUCGGGAGCGGGCGGAGCCGCCGCGAGACCCGGGGGCCUCUGCAGGCGACAGCGCGGGCUGGGCCGCGGCGCACUCCCACUCCUGGCUGGUGAAGAAUGGGCGAGCUGGAAGGAACCUACCGGGUCUUGCAGACCCCGGGGGCACGCCUGGGCGGACAAGCCCCCGUGGGCGUCAGCACCCUGGAGCCCGGGCAGAGCCCCGCGGUGGCAGCGGCCAGGCUGCAGGUGCGCGUGGAGCUGCUGGACGGCACCGUGGAGGCGUUCGCCGUGGAGCCUAAAUGCACCGGGCAGACGCUGCUGACGCAAGUGUGGAAGCGUUUGAAUCUGAUAGAAUGUGACUACUUUGGCUUGGAGUUUCAGACCCUCCAGUCCCGCUGGGUUUGGCUUGAACCCGUGAAGCCUAUCGUUAGGCAAGUACGAAGGCCCAAGAGCGCUGCGCUCCGCCUGGCGGUGAAGUUCUUCCCACCCGACCCGGGUCAGCUGCAGGAAGAACACACACGGUACCUGUUCGCCCUGCAGCUUAAGCGAGACCUGCUGGAGGAGCGGCUGACCUGCACGGACGCCACGGCAGCCCUGCUCGCGUCCCACCUCCUGCAGUCGGAAAUAGGCGACUACGACGAGACGCUGGACCGGGAGCACCUGCGUGCCCACGAGUACCUGCCUGGGCAGGAGCGUGCCCUCGAGCGGGUCCUGCAGCUGCACCGGCAGCACGUGGGCCAGACACCUGCCGAGUCGGAUUUCCAGGUGCUUGAAAUCGCCCGGAAGUUGGAAAUGUACGGCCUCAGACUUCACGCGGCCGCCGACAGGGAGGGCGCCGGGAUCAGCCUGGCUGUCUCGCACAUGGGGGUCCUCGUCUUCCAGAGCGCCACCAAAAUCAACACCUUCAACUGGUCCAGGGUCCGAAAGCUCAGCUUCAAGAGGAAAAGGUUUCUCAUCAAACUGCACCCAGAGGUCCAUGGACCUUACCAGGACACACUGGAGUUCUUGUUCAGUAGCAGAGACGAGUGUAAGCGCUUCUGGAAGAUCUGUGUGGAGCAUCACACCUUCUUUCGGCUUUGCGAUCAGCCGAAGCCGAGAGCUAGAGCCGUGCUCUUCAGCCGAGGCUCCUCCUUCAGAUACAGUGGAAGAACCCAGCGGCAGCUAGCGGAUUUGGUCAAAGCUGGUGGCGCGAAGAGGGUUCCCUAUGAAAGAAGACACAGCAAGAUGCGGGCGCCUCUCCGGACCCCGACUGCAGACGCGCCCCGGCCGAGCAUCUCGUUCACGGAGGGCCUGAGGAUGCCUGCCUCCCCACCGUCGUCAGAUGCCUCCCCUCCAGCCCCGCCGAGCCUGCUCAGCUUCCAGGACGGCUUCCCCAGGGAGCCGUGGGCUCCAGAUGCCAGGUGGCCGGCAGCAGAGAGGAGCGGCAGAGCCGGGGACGCGAGCCGGGCCCAGCCGCCCGGGCUGCCUGCGCUGCAGCCCUGCCAAGGCCCCUCGGAGGAGAGUCCUCAGCCUCCCCCCUCCACCCAGGAGAGCCCGCUGGGCCCAGCGGAGCAGGGCUCCACCCCCCUCCUGAGCCCCGCCCCCCGUGUCACCAGGAUGGACCACAAGGGCGCGCCGGCCGACGAGGCCUACUUCAUAGCGGAGGAGAUCCUCGCUACGGAGCGAACAUACCUGAAGGAUCUGGAAGUUAUCACCGUGUGGUUCCGGCGUGCGGUGGCCAAGGAGGACGCCAUGCCCGCAGACCUGACGGCCCUGCUCUUCUCCAGCGUGGACCCCAUCUACGCGUUCCACAGGGGCUUCCUGCACCAGGUGGAGCAGAGGCUGGCGCUCUGGAAAGGCUCCGCGGGCGCCCCAGCAGGCGGCCACCGGCGAAUCGGGGACGUGCUGCUGCGGAACAUGCUGCAGUUGACUGCGCUGACCCACCACUUCCAGAGGCUGGACGAGGUCCUGGCAGGGCUGGACACGGCCAGCAGGCGCCUGCGGAGGCUGGACGCGCUGUGCCGGAACUUUGAGCUCCAGAAGGUCUGCUACCUGCCGCUCAACGCCUUCCUGCUGAAGCCGCUGCAGCGCCUGGGGCACUACCGCCGGCUGCUGGGCCGCCUGUGCGGGUGCCCAGACCCCAGGGAUCGCGGGGACCCCGACCGGGACCAGGACCGCGCUGACUGCCGUGACGCCCUCCAGGUCAUUACCGGGGUGACGGCCACACUGCAGCACAGCCUCCUCCGGCUGGAGAACCUCCAGAAGCUGAUGGAGCUGCAGCGGGACUUGGUUGGCGUUGAGAACCUCGUCUCCCCUGGCAGGGAGUUCAUCCGGGAGGGCUGCCUGCGCAAACUCACCAAGAAGGGCCUGCAGCAAAGGAUGUUCCUCCUGUUCUCAGAUGUGCUGCUGUACACGAGCCGGGGCGCCUCCGGGACCAGCCGCUUCCGGACCCGCGGCCUCCUCCCGCUGCGGGGCAUGCUGCUAAUAGUGCUGGAUCCACCGGUGGAAGAGCUCGAGGAGCGGCCUGUCCCGCACUGUUUCACCAUCUACGCAGCUCAGAAGACCAUCGUGGUGGCAGCCAGCUCCCAGCUGGAAAAGGAGAAAUGGAUGCAGGACCUGAACACCGCCAUCGAGGCAGCCAAGAGCAGCGGCGACACGGCCCCGGCACCCGCAGACAGCGUGCUGUGUGCCCUUUCCCACGGGUCCUCCGAAGAGGUGCCUCUGGAGCAGGAGUCAGAAGGUGGCUGCAGCGCCCAGGGUUCCUCGGACGGGCAGGGCCAGCGCCGGGCCACCACCACUGUGCACGUGUGCUGGCACCGCAGCACCAGUGUCUCCAGGGCUGACCGCAGUGCAGCCGUCGAGAAUCAGCUCUCGGGGUACCUGCUGAGAAAGUUCAAAAACAGCAGCGGCUGGCAGAGGCUCUGGGUGGUGGUCGCCAACUUUUGCUUGUUCUUCUACAAAACGCAUCAGGACGACUACCCGCUGGCCAGCCUCCCGCUGCUGGGCUACCGCGUGAGCGUCCCCAGGGAGGCCGACGGCGUCCACAAGGAGCACGUCUUCAAGCUCCAGUUCAAGUCCCACGUCUACUUCUUCCGGGCUGAGAGCAGAUACACCUUCCGGAGGUGGAUGGAGGUGAUCGAGCGAGCCAGCAGCUCAGCAGGGAGAGCCGGGGCUGCAGAGGGGGCGGCGUGACGCCCACGCUCCCCAGACGGGGCCGCCAACGUGCCCUGCACUUGCUCACCCCGAGGAGACUGGCCACAGGUGGACCUCACAGGCCCACGUGGGCGGGCAUCACCCCCUCGAGACCCCGCGCAGGCCCCGACCCCAGGGGCACCAGGAAGAACACGUGUGCGUGAGAACGGGCCAGCUCCGUGCGCUGACAGAGCCGGCGUCCCCCCGCCCUGUCCUCCAGGGCAGGCCUGGUCACAGCUGCAGGCAGGGCCACCAGAAGGCCCUGUGGUGCCCGCGUCAUAUACUGCCACAGCGCGGAAGGCAAAGUCCCCCUUGACCCACCCCCAAGGAGGUGCGUUGUGCUCACAUGGGUCAAAAUAAAGGCGUGGCAUUCCCACCCUGGUGUGGGGGCUGAGGA